AUGAAUAGCGAUGUAGACAAGGAUGAGCUUAAAGAUGAGAGAGUAAUCGGUGGUAGGGAUGCCUUAAUGGGUGAGUGUCCGUAUCAGAUCGCAUUGAUGGCCAACGAUCGGUUCAUUUGCGGCGGAUUUUUUAUACACCAGAGCGCUAUUGUGACGGCAGCUCACUGUGUAAGCGGACCUGGAAAUACUGUUUAUAAAGUCCGAUACAACACAUUGACUCAUAAAACGGGUUCAUUAAUAGAAGUAAGAAGAGCUAUACCGCACCCUAAUUACAAUCCGCGAACCAAUGCCAAUGACAUAGCGGUGCUGAUACUGUCGGCGCCCUUUAGUUUUGGUGAAAACGCUAAUAUCAUUGAUAUUUCCCGAUCAAUGGAUCCCAGACCUAACUCAAUAGUAACAGUGUCCGGAUGGGGCCGUAUAUCGACUUCCAGUUAUGAAGUGUCAGAAACACUAAAAGUUGCAAAUCUUAGUGUAAUUAGUCGUCGCCAGUGCUCUGAUAUAUGGUCACCAAUCACUGUAACUAAUGGUAUGAUAUGUGCAAUGGAUAAGUAUAGAAGUGCUUGUAAUGGUGAUUCUGGUGGUCCACUCGUACAAAAUGGUGUCAUUGUAGGGGUUGUCUCAUUUGGGUCAUCUCGUUGUCUUCACGAUCGACUACCCAAUGUCUAUACAAGAGUUAGUACUUACGCUAAUUGGAUCAGAUCUGUUGUUUACUUUGCAAUAAACUUAUAG